GACAGAAACAUAGAAGUGUAUGUAGAUGACAUGAUAGUCACCAGCGUGCGAGCUGAGGAUCACAUUGGCGACCGGGAUGAAACUUUUCAAAACUUGCGCCGAGCACAAAUGAAGCUGAAUCCCUUGAAGUGCACAUUUGCUGUAGAGUCGGGAAAAUUCCUGGGAUACGUGGUAUCCAAGAAAGGAAUUGAAGUAAAUCCAGAGAAGGUUGAGGCCGUUCAGCAGAUGGAGCCGCCAAGGACUGUCAAAGACAUGCAGCGUUUGACGGGCCGUGUUGCUGCGCUACACAGGUUUAUAGCCAGGUCGGCAGAAAGAUGCCUCUCGUUCUUCAAGGCCCUGCGAGAGCCCAAGAACUUUCAAUGGACCGAUAUGUGUCAGCGGGCCUUUGACGAGCUCAAACGGUACCUGGCGUCAGCACCCCUGCUGUCCAAGCCUGUGGAAGGGGAGAGUUUGUAUCUGUAUUUAGGGGUUACAGCAGAGGCGAUUAGCUCGGUCUUACUCAGGGAAGAGAAUAAGAAUCAGAAGCCUAUCUGUUAUGUGAGCAAGGUCCUACACGGCCCCGAACAGAAUUAUCCAUUAGCGGAGAAGGCUGCUUUUGCCUUGGUGUACACAGCUCGUAAGCUGAGAGCCUACUUCCAAUCACAUCAGAUCGUUGUCUAUACCGAUUUGCCGUUGAGGAAGAUACUGCAAAAACCGGAACUCUCUGGUCGGCUUAUUGGAUGGAGCAUCGAGCUGAGUGAAUACGAUCUCAAAUUUCAGCCGCGCACAACCAUAAAAGGCCAACCCAUUGCAGACUUUCUGGUAGAGUGCAUCUCGGCGACGGAGGGAGAAAAGGCACCUGAUUACCCAGUUUGGGUUCUGUAUGUUGAUGGAGCUGCUAACAUUGAAGGGUCAGGUGCUGGAGCUGUGUUGAUAGGCCCAGAUGGUUUUAAAUCUGAGCAUGCAUUGCGGUUUAAGUUCCAAACCACUAACAAUGCUGCCGAGUAUGAAGCCCUCAUUUAUGGUUUGAAGCUGGCGUCCGAGCUGAAGAUUGACAAAAUACCAAGAGCUGACAACUACCGAGCUGACGAGCUGUCGAAGUUGGCCUCCUCGCAGGACAUUAACCCUCAGAGAUCAACAAUUGUCGAGGAACUCGACGCACCGAGCUACACUGAUUUCACAGUCGACUGUCAAUUGUUAAGUACAGAUCCCUCUACACCGAGCUGGACCACCCCGCUCAUAAGUUAUCUACAAAGUGGCGAGCUACCUGAAGAACAGUCCGUGGCAAAAGUGAUUAAACGCAGGGCGGUACAUUUCACUAUGUUAGAUAACCAGCUCUACAAGCGAGCAGCGUCAAUGCCCCUAUUACACUGCCUUACUCCUUAUGAAGCUGAAUACGCCGUGAGAGAAAUUCACGAGGGAGUAUGUGGCACGCACAUUGGUGGCAAAACUUUAGCUCGGAAACUCCUGAGGCAUGGUUACUACUGGCCCACUAUGGUCGAGGACGCGCAGAACUAUGUCAAAAAAUGCCCGACCUGCCAGUUCAAUGCUGAUGAUAUACACAUGCCAGGCGAAAUGCUAUCAUCUCUCACGUCUCCUUGGCCCUUUGCUCAAUGGGGCGUCGACCUGCUCGGCCAUUUCAUCAAAGGCAAAGGAGGCUGCGCUUUCCUGGUCGUUGCAGUGGAUUACUUCACUAAGUGGAUAGAAGCUAAACCACUACCCACGACAACAGAAAGGAAAAUAGAAGAAUUCUUGUUCAAUUCCAUAUUGUGCAGGUUCGGCAUACCCAAGCGGAUUAUCGCCGACAAUGGGCCACAGUUCCGAGCAGCGGCGUUGAGAUCGUUUUGUAACGAUUAUGGUGUUGAGCUCGCUUUGACAUCCGUGUAUACUCCACAGUCUAACGGACAAGCUGAGUCCGCCAAUAAAAUCGUCUUGCGAGGCCUCAAGACACGUGUUGAAGCUGCACAUUCUAAUUGGGUUGACGAACUCAACAAAGUGCUCUGGUCUUGUCGUACUACACCCAGCACGGCCACGGGCGAAACCCCUUUCAGCCUGGCCUAUGGAGCUGAGGCCGUCAUCCCAGUAGAGGUUGGAUUACCAUCUGAACGAGCAGGCUGGCAUGACGAUCUCAACAAUGAACAACUGUUGAGAGAAAACCUAGACUUCGUGGAAGAAGUCAAGGAGAUGUCUAGAAUAGGAAACAUGGCGCAUCAAAGUCGUGUUGCAAAGUUUUACAAUAAAAGGGUUCGAGCUCGCCAGUUUCAAGUCAGCGAUCUGGUUCUACGCAAAGCUAGAUUGACGAAUACUUACUCGCACAUGGGCAAGCUCGCUCCUAAUUGGGAAGGCCCCUAUGUGGUCGUUCAGCGCCUCCUCUGUAGCAGUGAGGUUUCUGUCAGCCUCGGCGACCUGAUGCCUAAGGGAACCCAGCUCGUGCUGAGCAUGGUCCCUGUCGGCCUCGGCCUUCUUAGCCCACUCCUCAACCCUGGCGGUCUCAUCCUUUGCCGCCUGGAUUCCGCUCUCUCUUUCAGCUCGAGCUCGCUCCAACUCCUCCCUGAGCUCAUUGUUUCUGGUGGCGAGCUCGUCCGCCCUGCUCUUUGCAGCCGCAGCUCGGUUCGCCAUUUCAGAGCCUUGCAGACGAUUCACAUCGUCCACAAGGCUGGCCUUCUCAGCAGCCAACUGUUUGCAUUUGGAAUCGAGCUCGUUGUUCUGUGUACGAGCCUCUUGCUCACUCUCGUACAGAGCUACAGCGUAGCUGAAUGCCUGCCAAACAGCGACAAUUGUAAGUACCUAACAAGGAAAAGUAAGACGCUUAAGUAAGUACAAGAAAAUACUUACAUCCAU